CUUUGAGGUAUGCACGUGUUCAAUUAACAAUUUCACGCAAAUUCGCCGAAAUGUGUGAAAAAAUUGUGAAAAUAUACCACCAAAUGCAGCCCAAACUGCACCCACCCUAGUGUAACUCCAAACUAAUAAUGAUUUUCACCGCUUUUGCACAUGUAACCCACGAAUCGCCACGACAAGCAGCAACAACAACAGCAAAAUGGUCCAACGUCUGACGCUCCGGAGACGCCUGUCCUACAACACACGCUCCAACAAGCGGCGCAUUGUUCGCACGCCCGGUGGUCGUCUGGUUUACCAGUAUGUGAAGAAGAACCCCACCGUGCCCCGUUGCGGCCAGUGCAAGGAGAAGUUGAAGGGUAUCACCCCCUCCCGCCCCAGCGAGCGCCCCCGCAUGUCCAAGCGCCUGAAGACCGUGUCCAGGACCUACGGUGGAGUGCUGUGCCACAGCUGCCUGCGCGAGCGUAUCGUGCGCGCCUUCCUCAUCGAGGAGCAGAAGAUCGUCAAGGCCCUGAAGAGCCAGCGCGAGGCGCUCGUCAAGCCGGUGAAGGCCCCCAAGGCCAAGCCCGAGCCCAAGAAGAAGCCCGCUGCUGGAGCCAAGGGAACCAAGGCCGGUGCCGGCAAGGUCACCAAGGGUGGUGCUGGCGCCAAGGGAGCCGCUGGCAAGAAGCCCGGCCAGAAGCCAGCCGCUGGCAAGCCCAGGAAGUAAACAGCCCACGCAACGAGUUCGGUGUACUGCUAAAUAACUUUUAAAAUAAAUUGGUUUUUUCCAACUGG